CCAGCAAAGCGAGCGGAUGAGAAAAGGAACGAGCGAGUGCAAGCGCUCGAAGUGGAUUGAGUGUGGACGGGAUUGAAGGAGAGACAUGACAAAACAUCAAGAGGGAAAGCACGCACUACCAUGCGAGCUAAAUUUGUGACCGCUGGAAUAGAGGAUGUCGGAUUAAUGGUGACUAUUAUAACCCGUUUUCGCAGAGGAAGCUUUUCGAUUGGGACUUUGGAAGAGAGAGGGGAAACAUGGCCGAAGGAGGGGCGGUUAAAGGUGGCGCAGAAUACACCGCCAAAUCGGCGGAGCAGGAAGAGCGGAUUCUGCCCCAGCCUCUGUCGGGAGCAGGCCACUGCAAGUGGUUCAAUGUUCGAAUGGGUUUCGGAUUUAUAUCAAUGACCAGCAGCGAGGGGAGCCCCCUAGACCUCCCUCUGGACGUAUUUGUCCACCAAAGUAAGCUGGUGAUGGAGGGCUUCCGCAGCCUGAAGGAGGGCGAGCAGGUGGAGUUCACCUUUAAGAAGUCCUCCAAGGGCCUGGAGUGCCUGCGGGUGACGGGGCCGGGCGGGGGACCGUGCGCGGGCAGCGAGAGGAGACCCAAAGGGAAGGCCACGCCCCAGAAGAACCGCAAACAAAAGGGUGACCGUCCUCUCUCCAGCUGUUAUAACUGUGGAGGUCUGGACCACCAUGCCAAGGAGUGUGGCCUGCCCCCCCAGCCAAAGAAAUGCCACUACUGCCAGAGCAUCAUGCACAUGGUGGCCCAGUGUCCCCAAAAGGCACUGGCACCCCCCACUGGCUCUCAGGACCCCCUGCACCCCUCUACCUCGACCGACCUGUACCCCCCCGGCGAGGAGGAGCGCUCGGGCUCAUCCCCCCUCGAUGGCCCCUCGUCCUCCCCGGAAGAGCCACCCCAGUCGCACUGUGGUGGCCCCCAGAGGUGGAGGAAAUAGGCGGGGAGAUGGGGAGAGGUGUACCCUGACCCUGACUCCCCUAACCUAAGGAACCACCAAAAUCCCACCCCUAAUCUACCUCACACUCGUGAAAAAAAUGGGAGGUAUAUUUUUGGGGGGACCAGCGAAGUUAUGGCAACGAUCACCGGGGUACGGAUUUGUGUGAAUGUGUGUGACUGACUUACUGGCUGUCAUCUGGUGGCAGCUAUGGCAACCAUCACUGGGGAUACGGACUCAUGUGAAUGACUGUGUGACUUCUCAAUCAGUGCAGCUCAAGAGACGAAAUGGUCUAAAAGAGAAACCAGGGUUAGGGUUAGGGGUUAGGGGUAAGGGUUAGGUGUUAGGGGUUAGGGUUAGGGUGAUUGUGAACCUGAGUUAGAUGACUGGUGUCAUCCGUAAAUCUUUGUGUGGUAGUUUCUGAAUAGAACUCGGUUUCCUUUUAGAUUUUGGUUCACGUGUUACAUAUUAUAUUAUUAUUCUAAACAUCAUGAUGCCUCUUUUUUAGCAUUAAGACUUUUAAAAAAGGCCUUGAUGUAGGCCAGUGUUUCCUCAUCGCGGAUAUUUGAGUUUUUGCCCUCGCAGUAACACACUUGAUUUAACUUAUCGCCAAGCCUUUGAUUAUUUACAAUCAGGUGUGUUAGUGACACAUCAACAACUCAAAUGUGUACCCCUUUGACUCCCCGGGACCAGGAUUGCAAAACACUGAUUGGUCCUCUAUAAAAUAGAACCGCAAAAAAUCUGAAUCCAAAUGAUGCUUUAGUGUGACCUAUUGAUCAGUGCUGGCUCGAGCACCAUGGAUACCAGGGUGAAAGGUUGGAAAGAGGAUGGGGGGGGGGUGUAGGACACUGAUUCAAUAACCCUUGUGGUCAUGUGCAACGCUCUGCUUUACAGAAACAGAACUGGACCAACUGCCUGGGGGGGAAGCAAUGGUUGCAAUGGCUUCAUAAGAACCAGGAACUGGUUGUAUGGUUGUGUGUGUGUGUGUGGCAUAGCCUGGUGCAGUGGAGUCACCUUUGCUGUGUACUUCCCCAGAGGGUAGAUUUUGGCACAAGACAUCAUUGCAACCAGUUUUCUGCUGCGAAAAGAAGCCUAACUGUCACUCCUGAACCACAGAAGAUGAGCUUUUCUAGUUCAGUGGUACUAACAAUUGACUGCAGAGUGCUAGCGGGGGAAUAGUAUUGAAUCCAGGCAUGUGUGCACACUUGCUUGUGUGCGAGUGGGGUUGUUAGGAACGUGUGAGAGACGUUGUUCCUUUCCUAAAACACAACAGUGGCGGACGAGAAGUUUGAUCCGGGCUUUGAGAUUGGGGCCAACCUCUAGUCGACUUGAUAUGAACAAUUCUGUUUCAUGUAAUCCUAGAAAGACAUGCCUUAGAAAAAGUGUUUUAUCACUCGAGACCUUGCCUGGCUACCCAGACUCCUUGAUCUGGCUAAACGCUAAGCCACGCUCACAGACGUUAAUUUCUUCUCCGCAUUGAGUCUGGAUCUGAGUACCUCCCAGACCCUUCACCGAAUGCCAACACAUUCGAGGCCAUCUGAUUGGUCCAGGAACCGAUGGUUUGGGCCAGAGCUAGAACAAACAUGGGUAAAAGCGGCGGUUUGAAAAGGUGUUAUUGGCUUUGAUACUCUGAUUGGUUAGAGACGAUCCAAUUGAUGUUGACUUUGUUUUGUACCAAGCCCCUCGUGUCCCUCGUCACCACAAAAUCUUAAAUGACGGCAGACUAAAGUAUGUAGCGAAUGAGAGAGCAGAAGAAGAAUUUAGUGUGAGUUGUUAGGCUACUCGAGUCCGGUCUCCAGACCACAUAUUGAGUGUCUCGGGCUUGUCUUGGAUACAUUUUAACUCUGUCUUGACUGUUUUGACUCAGUCUCGGACAAUGAGGACUCGUAAAAAAAAUCUGAAUUAUCAGCCCCCGUUCAGUCAAUGCUUCACAAUGCCAAAUAUUCACACUCCUUUUAUAACACCUUUGAUACUUACUCAUAACAACACUGUCCUUUACUACAGUGCAUUUGGAAAGUAUACAAACCCCUUGAAUUGUUCCACAUUUUGUUACGUUACA